CGGAGGUGUAAGCCGGAAGUGUGCUGAUUGAUACGGAGAUAUGGCCACCGGAAGUGAUCGGCUGGCGGGAGCCAGUUUGGUGGCAUUCAGUGCGGUCCUUUUCCUCUAUUACACAGUGUGGGUCAUCUGCCUGCCAUUUAUUGACAGCGAUCAUGUAAUCCAUUCUUAUUUCCUGCCAAGAGAGUACGCCGUGCUGCUACCCCUAGUGGCUGCUUUAAUUCUGCUUCUGCUCAUGGGUAUCUUUGUGACAUACAUAAUGUGGAAAAGCCGAAGCCCAAAGAAGUCGCAGUGACAAUGUGAAGUCGCUGAUCUUUCUAAGGACAGAAUUUCAAAGACCUACUGUUCACCCCUUAUUUCGUCCCUUUCUCUGGCUGUGACAACAAUGCACAGGUUCAUUUGUUAGACGGAACAUAGACUUCCACCCUUCACUUUUU